ACCCCCUCUGAAAGUCUCACGAGAAAAAAAACUCACAUCAAAAUGUCUAAUUUGAAGUAUUAUUCUUACGAAGGCGUUGGUAAAAAGAAUGUAGAGAAAUAUUCUUACAACCAGGCCGUCCGUGUUGGCGAUCGAAUUGAAAUCUCUGGCCAAGGAGGGUGGCACCCCACCACCGGCGAGUUCAAAAGCGAUAUCAAUGAGCAAAUCGAUCAAGCUUUCGCCAAUGUUGAGCUUACCUUGAAGGAUGCUGGCGGCAAAGGAUGGUCGCAAGUCUAUCGUGUCAACUCUUACCAUCUUCCUCUCGACGACGCGGCAUUGGGGGCCAUGGUGCGCAAUUUCAAGACUUAUAUGCCUAAUCAUCAACCCAUCUGGACUUGCAUUGGAGUUCAACGAUUGGGCGAGGACCCUAUGCGUGUGGAAAUUGAAGUGGUCGCGCACGAUCCCGAAGGAGCACAAGCAGCAUCAAGCAAAUGAAUGAUAGUAUGAGUAUAUAUUAUCGCAAAUCAGAAAUUAAAUUAACAUUUGCUUCAUAAUAUGCUCAGUAUACUAGCCACUACCCCGAAUUUGUUGUUGUUUCCAGACAAUUAACGAGUUCUAACUUUGCUUCACGCGUAC